GGACUCCGAAUAUUUGCCAAAUUUACCCAUCACUAGUUUCGAACGUCAUCGAAAGAAAAUUGAAAACGUCAGUCAGUCAGAUCAAAAUGUAAACACAACACAGUUCAUAAACUCGCCCAAAAGCAACAAAAUUCAACAAAUUUAACAAUUUUCAAGCAGUGCCAGCGUAUUACACUGCACCGCAACCGUAUCGUUACCUGUUCCGUCGUAACAGAGAAAUUGCACCACAAAAUGAUUCUUUAAAACACAAAGUUGCAAGGUUCCACUGCGCCCAGCGUUCUCCAUCAAAUGGAUAUUGAAAGAUACAACACCUAGGUUGUUCAACAAAUUGCCUAUUGUGAUUCCCACCCGCCACUUAUGCGCAACUGGUUCCAACGACUAGUUUCUCCCCGUGGCUGCAUUCGAAUCCCACCCUAUAGUAUCCUUACAAAUUCAUGGCAUUAAGCGUGAAGGUGAAACCAACCAAAAGUCGAUCCACCUUCGGGAAAGACCCUACCAUAUACGAUUAUGCCAACAGUCCGAAGUGCUCUAACCGUGCGUCGAAGGUCAGCAGCAAGAUAUCUCUAGCCGAGAUAGAGCUGGAAGCGGAACCGCUCGGUGAAGAAGCAGAGCAAACCAUUGGAGCUGGAGGGAAAGGGCCCGCCACGGAUGCACCACCGGUAGUCACGUACAAUGACUACCAUAUCGACUUGUGGUUCCUCGUGUCAGAGUUUAUUCGGCCGGAAGAUGUGUGCCGGUUUGCGCUAAUUUGUCGCAAAACGGCCGAAGUUGUGCAGAGUGGCCGAUUCUGGACGCAGCUGUAUCGUUCGUACUACGAUCGCUCGAUCGAGCUGCCCGCCCGCUUCCAGCCGGACAGCAUGGUACGACUGCGUGGUCUGCGCUCGGCAGUCGUACGGUCGCUCUACUAUCUGUACCCGCCGUUCGUGGCACGCUUGACGAUGGGAACGAACCGGCACCAAUAUCGCGUCGUAGGACGGCAACUACUCACCUGCUGGCACAAGCGUACGAAAGGCUGCUGGACGUAUUGCUUCCGGCUGAAGGCACCGUUCAAGCCGGGCAGUCGACCGGCCCGAUCGGCUCAGCUACAGCGGGAGAAAAAUUCACUCGCCUUCAUGCAGGACAUCUACAUGAACCCGGAGGAAGGAUGCCAGAUUCUGAUGAUAACGACCGACUUUCUCAAGGUGAUACCAAUGUACAACGAGACGCUGUUUGUGAAAAACAUUGUGCAAACACUCUCGCAGAGCAUGAUGCGCUACAAGAUAGUACUUCAGCUGGGGAACUAUUGCGGCAAACGAGUAACGGACCUCGUGUUCGAUCCGGUGUGCAACGUAAGCGUACUGGACUGGUGGACACCGCAGUACUAUAACGAAAUCGGCAGCCCGGCGGAAGACGAGUCGGCGUUGGCCGACACUGAGUGGACCGAUGAUUCGGAUUGGGAUAAUUAGAGGCAUGGGGAGGAACCACCGUCCCCUAGUCUGUUCGCUGUGGUAAUUGUUUAAAAUAUUUUGAACGGAAUAUAUGUACAAGAGUGUGAUCUUCGGUCGAUCGGAUGCAAAAAAGUCAGGCGGCAUAUGUUUUGUGCACCAAAUUCAACGUAUUUAUUUACAGCUCGUGUAGUAGCACACUGACGACAAACACGUUUAUGCUAUUACCCAGCACACGAUAACGUUGCUUGUUCGUGACCGUCUCUGGGAAGCUAAAAUGCUCUGGAAAGCUCAUCAAUCGCGCCACUUCUUUCGGGGUAAAGUAUCGCACGCGCAGUUCCCGCAGCAAAGCAAGCUUUCGAUCCUCGUCCUCCUCGGCACCCAUCGCAAGGGCAUAGGUCUUGUCGAACUCCUGCCUAGAAAGAGGACAGUACACCGAACCCGUACCUUCCGCGUAAUGCGUGUACGCUUUCGUAAAGCACAUCGAGUUGGUGGAUUCCGGCGUGCAUACAUCCAUCAGUGGAAGAUGCUUUAGUAAUGUAGCACUUUUCAACCCAUACGAUUCCAAUGCGUCUUGCUGCGUGUCCACAAUCGUUCCAACCAACGUUUGCUUUGCACCGUAGCCUGUUUGCGGUGUGGUAAUAAUUUCUUCACUCUUCCAUUUAAAAUCCGCUCCAUGGCGUUUUGCGAUACAGUAGUACCGGUGGCGAGUGUUGGGCACGCCAAACUGGUGCGGCGAUAGUAUGUACUGCUGAUAGUGAAAACCUGCCUCCCGCAGGCGCGCUUUGUACAUCUCACAGGCUUGUGAAUUUUCAAACCCUUUCACGUUUUCCAUCAGUAUGAACUUUACCAGCGGCAUCUUAUCCAGCAGCUCGCAAAUGUGCAGAAAUGGGUCGCUCCUUCGAUCGUUGAUAUCGUUAAACUUUCCGUUCCUCGUGAAGGGCUGACAGGGCGGCGACAUCAGGAUCGUAUCGACCUUUAGUUUGGUUACUUUCUCCGCCGUUAGGCUCAGUAUAUUUCCAUUGCGGACCGUUUUUGCGCCGAAAUUGUGCUUGUAAACUUCGUUUGCGAUGGGAUUCACGUCGAUGGCGGAGACGAUUUCAAACUCUUUCCCAGCUUCUAAAAGCAAAAACACGAUGGGCAACGUUAGAGUUGAAGAGUUAAAAAAAGCUGUCCACGCAACACUUACGCUCCAAUGCCAUUCGCAUUCCGCCAAUACCACUGAAAAGUUCCAACACUCUGUGCGGUUCAGAUUUCGUGCUCUCCAUCGUGUUGCGGCGUGGAAAUUGAAUUGUUUUCCGCCUGCUGUAAACAAUCCUACGCCCAGCUGUCAAAUCAGCUGACAGCAAGUUUGACAGUUCUAAUCGGCACGGUUUGUUUUCGUUCCCUAGCGCGGUGUGGUUGCUCGGUGCCGGUCGUGUGCUACUUUUAUCUCGCUGCAAAAGAAUGUCCAACUCGCAUCUGUUUCUUAAAUCGGGCUUUCCGCGUGCCCCGCUGCAGAAUGGCAUCGGCCGGUACGUUUGCCAGCUGCAGCGCAUCACCCUGAAGUACUGCAAAACCAGCGGCUCCAGCAAAGGGAUGCGCGAGUUCCUCGAGCAAGAGCUGGUCGACUUCAGCCGUGCCAAUCCGGGCGUCGUGGUGUACGUGAAGCCCCGCCGGCACCGGACCGCCGUCAUGUCGGCUGAGUUCCUGAACGGCGAGCGCACGUGGAUCAACUGCCGCAACAACAGCCGGGAAGAGAUCUCGAAAUGGAUCCAGGUGCUGAAACAGUCGAACGGGCGGGCCGAGGAGAUGCGCUUACGUAAACACUGGCACACGGACGUGCCGAGUGUGCAGGGUGCCUGGACGCCGUUCACCCAUCGCCAUCCGUCGGCAAACGUGACCGACUUCCCGUGCAAAGAGCUGUCGGAGCUUAAGCUGGAAGAACAGAGCGCGACGGAGAAGCUGCUGGAGCUGUACCUUGCGCAAAGGAAUACAGCAGCCGCGGGCGAGUCUGCGACGAAAUCGGAAGAAGCUGAAUAAUGUAGUAGCGGUUGAGAUGAAUUACAAUAAACAAUAGGUAGUAGUAAAA